UUGAAGUCCAGAGUUGCCGAGGUUAAUUCUCCGUUACCCAUAAAUUACCCACGUUGUGAAUCUGACCCUAACCCAGAUGCCUAACUGUUUAUAACAGACUACAUAAUCCCUACAGGUCACUGCCCCUUGAGGUUAUGGCUAAAUCACGUAAGAGGAGGAGGAGCUCGGCUGUGGUGACUUUGGGUCAGAGCUCUGAGUUGCAAGAGCAGCUGGCGCAGGACCAGUAUGAGUUUGAUGACGUUGCCGUUUACUUCUGCAAGGAGGAAUGGGACAGUUUAGACAGUGAGCAGAAGGCGCUUUACAAGGAGGUGAUGGUGGAGAAUUACCAGACGCUCCAGUCUCUGGGUCACAUUCAUGCAAAACCUUUACUUGUGGAGAAGAUUGAGUGUGGAGAAGACCCGGUCGUAGGAUGUCACCAGUGGGUUAGGGAAAAGUGUCCUGGGAAUAUUAGCAAAGUAGAUCAUCUUACAAACAAGAAAGCUGAUGGGCAUUAUAUCUUAUCACACAAUAUUUUGAGCAAUCAUAUUCAGGACAUCAAUAUUGACAAUAGAAUAUGCACAAGAUUAAGGAAAUCCACAACAGAUCUGACUGAAAGAAUAGGUUCGUGUUCAGAAGCAAGUCUUUUAGGAACAGAUUUGUCAACAACUGAAUAUUUACCUACUCAAGAAAUGUGUACCCAAGAAUCUAGAGAUUCAGUGUUUGCAGAAGGGAAGGAUGGUGGCAGUGAAUAUGGUAAAAUCUCCAUUUCUGUGACAUUCGCCCCUCUAACAAAGCAGAUUAGGGUCACCGAAGAGAAUCUGUUUGGCUGCUCUAUAUGUAGUAAAUUUUUUAAGCAGAAAGCAAAACUGUUUGAACAUGAACAACGUCACAAAGAGAAGAGAUUUGUGUGCUCUGAAUGUGAAAAAUGUUUCAGGCACAAAUGUGAAUUAACUGUACAUCACAGGACUCACACCGGCGAGAGACCAUUUGCUUGUAGUAAAUGUGGAAAAGGUUAUAAAAGUCGUCAACAUCUUAAAGCGCAUGAAAUAAGCCAUACGGAAAUGAAACAGUUUCAGUGUUUUGAGUGUGGCAAACGGUUUAAGCAAAACUAUCAACUGAAUGCACAUAAAAAGUAUCACUCAGAAGCUGGUACACACAUUAAAGAACCAUCAAUAGGCAACAAUGCACAAAAGCCAUAUGCAUGUAGUGAAUGUGGUAAACGUUUUGUGCAAAAGCCCUCUCUUGUUAUACAUCAGAGACUUCACACUGGUGAGAAACCAUUUGCAUGUUCAGAAUGUGAGAAAUGCUUUACUAGUAAGCCUCAGCUUCUUCAACAUCAGACUCUUCACACUGGAGUGAAAGCAUUUGCAUGUUCUGAAUGCAAUAAAUGUUUUAGACUCAGGACCCAUUUUAUUAAACAUCAGAGCAUUCACACAGGAAUAAAGCCAUAUGUAUGUCCUGAGUGUGGGAAAAGUUACAGACGGGGAUCUGAUCUUAAUAUACACAUAAAAUGCCAUACAGGAGCUGAAAAGCUGUGUGUUUGUUCUGAAUGUGGUAAAGGGUUUAGCUGUAACUCAAAACUUAAAGCUCAUCAAAUAAUCCAUACUAGAGAGAAACCAUAUGAGUGUUCUGAAUGUAAGAAAUGUUUUCUGCGCAAGUCAGACCUAACCAAACAUCAGAGGAUUCACACCGGAGAGAAAUCUUAUGAGUGUACAGAUUGUGGAAAAUGCUUUAGACAGAGUUCUGCACUUUGUCAGCAUAAGAAUGGUCACACGAAAAAUAAACCAUCUGUAUAUUAUAAAGACAGGUCCUAAUGCUCUUUUGACACUUCACACAGGAGAUAAACAAGUUGAAUGUGCCAAAUGGUUAAGUGUUCUGAGUGUGGGAAUGUUUUAUCCAGUGACCAAGCCUUAAUUAGACACACUGAAGAGAGAUUAUAUACAUGUUCUGAGUGUGGGGAAUGUUUUACACAGAAAAGAAACCAUUCAAAUGUUCUGAGUGUGGAAAACUAUUUAUCACUUGCUGGGGUUGUGCACCAACAUAUGAGAGGUCAUACAGGAGAAAACCAUUUGCGUGUUCUCGAUGCAGAUUUUUUUUUCUUUUAGUUCAAAUCCUAGUAAACAUGAUAGUUCAUACUAAGUCAGUAUAAAGAUAUUCUUACUUCCCAAUAAAAAAAUCUGCUUGCUGAACAUAAUCAGGCUUUUAUACAAUUGACAUUUUUAUUCCUAUGUUUGUUUUAGAACAGUAAGCUGAUUCUUUACCUUUUUAGACUAUAAUACUUUAUGAUGUGAUUUUGUAAAAUUUCUAAUAAAAAUAUCUAUGGAUUUUUGUCAGUAAA